CGAGAGAACGGCGAAAACACGCGAUGUUUGGAGAGACACCACUGCAUCUGUUGUAAACGUUAGAGUUAGCUAACUCUAGGUUUCAGCGAUCAUUUUUGCUGGACGCUACAGCUAGGCAACACUGUUAUCUAUAUCGUGGUCCGACGAGGGAGUUUUAAUUGCUAAAAAAGUGAAGAUGCAGCCUGCAACAGCUAAGUGGUAUGACAGGCGGGACUCUGUUUUUAUAGAGUUCUGCGUGGAGGACAGUAAAGAUGUGCAAGUAAAUUUCGACAAGUCCAAAAUUGAUUUCAGCUGUGUCAGCGGAACAGAUAAUAUCAAGCACCAGAAUACAGUGGACCUUUUCGGGGAGAUCGACCCCAAAGAAUCCAAACACAGACGCACUGACAGGUCUGUGUUGUGUUGUUUACGAAAAGCAGAGGCUGGGAAAUCAUGGCCACGACUCACCAAAGACAAGACAAAGUGCAACUGGCUGAGUGUGGAUUUCAAUAAUUGGAAAGAUUGGGAAGAUGACUCAGAUGAAGACUUGUCAAGUUUUGACAGGUUCUCAGAGAUGAUGAACAGCAUGGGAGGGGAUGAUCUACCUGAUUUAGAUGGUGCAGAUGAUGAGCAUGAUUCUGCAGACAGUGAUGAUGAAAAAAUGCCCGACCUUGAGUAGAUGAAUACGGAAGCCACACCAGUAGUAAAGUGAGUUAUAAGUCGGUUGAAGAGAGAGACAAGGCAUGAGUUUGCAGCCACGUUGGAGAAGAAAUCUCAUCUCUCUGCGCAGUUUCCAAAGCGAAACCCCUCAAGGGAGUGACAGGGAAUGACUGUUGGAUACAGACAUGCACAGAGAUCCAUAGCGACAUACAGUGCUGUGCUUUGCUGUUCUGUUCUGCAUGGACAAUUCUGUUCAAAUGAAAAUGUUAUUGUUCAUUGACUUAAAUGACUGUAAUGGGAUGUGCUGAUAUCUUACACCUUCUGUUUUUUUUUUUUUUUUUUUUUUGCAAUGUCCUGUUA